UUAUUUUAUUUGUAAAGGGCAGGGGCGGACCGACCAUUUGGAAACUCGGGCACUGCCCGAGGGCCCGGGGUCAGUAGGGGGCCCCAUGAGAUGCCCCUGGUACCUUUUUCAUAGGCUUUUUUCAGUUUGGGCAAGGACACAGGGGCUCCAUGAUCCCCUAUUGCCCGGGGGCCCCAUGGGUUGUCAGUCCGCCCCUGGUAAAGGUCCGCCCCUGGUUAUAAUCAAUGAUGACCAG